UGUGACCAUUAAGCCAUGGUUGCUACCCUGUUCCUGUGGUUUCACAUUUGGCAUAAAUGUACGCCACAGAUUUGCACACAGGAAAUUUGCUGUGGAUUUCCCCAUUAUAGAUCUCAGAUGUGAUGUGAUGUGAUGUAACUGAUGCUGGAGCCGUCAGUUACUCCUUGGCCGUGAGCACCUGGUGUCAGUUGCUGAGAAGCUCAGCCCAGGGCAGGAGGACCUUCAUGGAAAUAAUGCUAAAGACCAUCUUUCAGUCUCAGGAAAUCGGAGUAGGAGAAAUGGAGACCAUAAAAGUAAAAGCACCUUUUGGUUUCCUCAACAAGCACCGAAGAGCGAAAGCAGUCUCUUUUCAUGGGGUGAAAGUUCCUAAAGCUGAUGACAGUCUGUCCUGGUGUCUUCAGCUAAAAAGAUCUUCAGCUUCCACCAAUGUGUCCAUCUUGAAUUUAACCGAAUCUGACAGCUAUGAGUUUAAAACAUCAGAAAAUAAUGCAUCAUCAUCAUCAGAAUCAGAAGACUGGGAAGAGAAUGCAGAAUCUCAGACUGAAAGUCCAGGACUAUGCGAGAACCUGGAGCAAAGACAACAGGAAGUGGAGGAGCUGGAUACGAUUUGCAAUAAGAUGGAGGAAAAACUAAGUCGUAUUUCUAAGAAGCUGGAAGCCAUCUGUGAGAAAAGAGAGAGCCUGAACAAUCUGAAAUACGAAAUUUUGAAAGACAUGUCUUCGUUUCAAGGUUUACAACAGAGUGUAGAAUCUGUAAAUGAAACUUCUCAAUUGAGAGAUCUGAACAAAAAUAUGGCCUCCCUGUGCAGUGUUAUAAAAGGGUUGCAGCAUAUCCUGGAAACCACAGGGCACAGAGCACAGCCCAGCAGGGCAGAAGAGAAGCAUGACAUGACAAUACUUAUGACUGUGAUUGGAGAAAUAAGAAACAGUGUGGCCCAAAUUUGUGUGAACUUUGAGAAAGCGAGCAUCUUACUGAAGAACGUUCAUAGAACCGUCUUCCACAUGAACACACGGAUUGAAUCAGUCUUAUCUCAGGGGAGUUGUGCUCAGGAGCAACAAGAACUUGACAACAUCCAGGAAUUGAGCUCCAGCGUGUAAUCCCCCAAUUCCCUGUAACUUUUACUGUCUCAUCCCAGCUUUACUUCCAAUAA